CAAGUUAAAUUAUUUUCCUUUCCUAACCAUUCUUCUCCUUCCAACUUCAACUCUCGCUCGCUCGUUUUUUCCUCUGCAGAUUCGCUGUUAUUCCUCUGAUUUAGGGUCUCUUCUUUUUUGCUCAUUGGCACAAACUUGAAAAAGUUCGUUCUUUCAGUGUGAUCUGAGUGAAGCUAGCAAUGGUGUUCUUCAGGAGCGUAACUGCACUUUCUAGGCUGCGGUCUCGUGUUACGCAGCAAUCUAAUAUCAGCAAUUCUGUGCGAUGGCUUCAAAUACAGAGCUCAUCUGAUCUUGAUCUUAAAUCUCAGCUGAGGGAAUUGAUUCCAGAACAACAGGACCGCUUGAAGAAAAUUAAAGCAGAACAUGGAAAAGUUCAACUCGGGAAUAUUACUGUUGAUAUGGUGCUUGGUGGGAUGAGAGGAAUGACAGGGUUACUUUGGGAAACCUCAUUACUUGACCCAGAGGAGGGAAUUCGGUUCAGGGGUCUAACAAUUCCUGAAUGCCAAAAGUUAUUGCCAGCUGCAAAGCCUGGCGGAGAGCCAUUACCGGAAGGUCUUCUAUGGCUUCUUUUGACUGGAAAGGUUCCAACAAAAGAACAGGUAGAUGCAUUAUCUGCAGAACUACGCAGUCGUGCUGCAGUUCCAGAUUAUGUGUAUAAGGCUAUUGAUGCUCUGCCGGUCACAGCUCACCCCAUGACUCAGUUUGCAACUGGUGUUAUGGCCCUCCAGGUCCAAAGUGAAUUUCAGAAGGCAUAUGAGAAGGGGAUUCAUAAGUCAAAGUACUGGGAGCCUGCAUAUGAGGACUCUCUUAGUCUGAUUGCUCGUGUACCAGUGGUAGCUGCAUAUGUUUAUCGAAGAAUGUACAAGGAUGGUAAAACAAUUCCCACGGAUGAUUGUUUGGAUUAUGGUGGCAACUUUUCACACAUGUUGGGAUUUGAUAGUCCUCAAAUGCUAGAGCUCAUGAGACUUUAUGUCACUAUCCAUAGUGAUCAUGAAGGUGGCAACGUUAGUGCUCACACUGGUCAUCUCGUGGGUAGCGCACUAUCAGAUCCGUAUCUCUCAUUUGCGGCUGCAUUAAAUGGUUUAGCAGGGCCACUUCAUGGGUUGGCUAAUCAGGAAGUUUUGCUUUGGAUCAAAUCUGUAGUAAAUGAGUGUGGAGAGAACAUAACCACUGAACAAUUGAAAGACUAUGUCUGGAAAACAUUAAAUGGUGGCAAGGUUGUUCCAGGAUUUGGUCAUGGAGUUUUGCGUAAAACAGACCCUAGAUAUACGUGUCAAAGGGAAUUUGCUUUGAAGCAUUUACCUGAUGAUCCGUUGUUCCAGCUGGUUUCUAAGCUGUAUGAAGUGGUACCUCCUAUCCUGACUGAGCUAGGCAAGGUUAAAAACCCCUGGCCCAAUGUUGAUGCUCACAGUGGGGUCCUGCUGAACCAUUAUGGUCUGACCGAAGCGAGAUACUACACUGUUCUUUUUGGUGUUUCAAGGAGCAUCGGGAUUUGCUCACAGCUGAUAUGGGAUCGAGCUCUUGGAUUACCACUAGAGAGGCCAAAAAGUGUCACAAUGGAAUGGCUUGAAAAUCACUGCAAGAAGGCAACAUCAUAUUAAUCUUGGGGAGCAACAGUGCAGAAAAUACUGAAGUCUGAGGUUUUGUUAUGGAUGUCGGCAUCCUGUACACGAUUUUUUAGUUCAGUAGAAUCACUUGUAAGGCAUUUAGACUACCUCCUUCGCUCACAUGGAGUAAUUUACUCCUUUUUCACCUACAGUUUUUGGAAUUUUAUUUAAAGCACAUGCUGUUCCAUGGGAUAGACCGACAUGAAGAACUCUUCGAUGGAAAAUACAAAGAGGCAAUGAAAUAACACAGGUAAGAUCAUUCAGAGAUCAUUCAGAGAAUCAGCAUGCAUAAUUUCUCAUUUCAAAUGGUAAAACUUUCAAUAAAGAGGAUUCGUGUUCUUGUGAGAUGAGGGUGAAUUUAUGUAGGUAUGCAUAGAGGGUUUUGAUAGCCUCAUCUAUUUGGUAUAUUACUUUAAAAAUGUAAGUUCAUAUUUUGUUUGCUGCCAUAUUUUGCAACACUAAAUUUAGUAUGGUGGGAUAUAACUGUAUUAACUUGGAUUACAUAUAAAUUGAAGAAUAUUUUAAUUUCA